AUGGCUUCAACCAACCUCACGGCGGAAUUGGGUUUGGGGAUCAGCCGAGGAAGUGAACGAGGCUGUGAUCCUGCAGAUAUUUUUGUUUCGAGAGAGCCUGACGAAGGCAACAUGACGCCCCCGGGGCUGUCCCCCGGCGGGGCUUCACUGCGCCCACUUCGGUACAGUGGAUCCCUUCGAACUGUCUCUUGCGGAGAUCCCAAGAUGUCCAGAAGGGUUAUGCAUGGAACUAUUCUGUCGGCGGAUUUCGGGGAGUCCCAACGCAUUCAGACCACCGUUUCUUCUUCCUUCCUUGCGUCCACCUCGCCUUCUCUUGCGUCCGCUUCCACGUCAGCCGGUACCACCAGUCUCUCCUCACUGCUGAAUCAGAUGGCCCGAAGUGGAGACGCGCUUCAGCAGCUCCAGCAUGCAUCAGAGCGCCUUAGAGACCAUCGAGAGACAAGACUGGCCAGCGACGGAGUCCCGCCUGCUUCGGGGACCGUUAUUUAUCCCUCUGAGAUGACAUGCGCCGCCAAAGAAGCUGGCCUCGCUGAGUCCGGAUCUGGGGAAAAGCCGGCGAACAACUCGGGGGAAAUGGUUUCACAGAAAGCUUCGCAGGAGCUUCUAGGCAGAGAGAUCGAGCAGCUGAGGGGGAAAGUUCUGCAUCAUCAAGAGGAGUUGAAUCGUCAAAAAGAGCAACACCAGCUGUACCGCCGGCAACUCCAGACGCUACACGACGAGUUGCUGGCCUCCCGCGAAAAUCUUCAACCGGCCGUGGCGAGUCUCACAGAUCGUGUCUCUUCGAUUCGCACCCAAAUGCAACAGCACGAAACGCUGCUCGGCGCCCAGCGGCAGGCUCUCUUGGACCAGCAGCAAGUGCUUCAGGCAGAGGUCGCCGAGGUGGCGUCUUUCAUCUCAAGUUGCGGGGCCGCCUUCAAGGACUUUGAAGAGAGAGAAGCUGCGCUGAGGGCUGAAGUCGACCGGCGCAUUCGCGAUUCCCAGAGCUACCAGGAGCAGGAAAUUAAGAAAAGCCGAGAGGAACAGCGACGGGAAAUCUCCAAACUCCAGGAGACACAACUACCUCUUCAAAAUCUGCCGGGGCUCCUAGAGGAACUUGGCCGCCGUAUACAAGACAACGCAUCCACACAGAAAGAGGCGCAGAUGUCCUUCCAGGUGGAGCUCUUCCAGAAUCAAAGGGAAUGUCUGGGCCUUCGCGACCGUCUCGACAACAUGGAAGAGCAGAGCCGCACCAACAGUGAGGCGAACCGCGACACUUUGCGUCUCCUCGAGGAACAGAAACUGGCCACGCAGCGGCUUCUUGAGACGCACGAAGAGUCACUGCGCGCUCAAGAACAGCGUCUAAGAGAUGAGUUCCAGCGUCAACUUGCUGCGUUUUCGAAAGAGAAAUCUCAGGAAGUCUCCAUUCAAAUGGAACACGUGCGCGAGGCGCUCGAUGAGCUCAGACGAGAGACCGCGCUCUGGCAGCAGAAGGCAUCACAAUCGGAGGAGCUGGACCUGCAGAGAGAAGAAGCGGAGAAACGGUGUCGCCAGCGGGAACAGCAACUGAGGAAAGAACUUGAAGUGGUGCUGAGACAGCAACAGGAACUUCGUCAAGAACAGUCUGAGGCACGUCAAACGCGCCAACAAGAUCGAGCGGAACGCCUUGAGAAGAAACUUGAGGAUGUUAAACGUUUUGUAUCUGAUCGCGAGAAAGAGGCUCAGAAGCACUACCUCGACUUGAUCGCGGCGCUGUCGUGUGCUGCUUCCCCCUCCCCAGCUGGACCUCUUCGCGCGCCUCUGCCCUCCUCGUCCCAGAAGAAAGUGGCGCUGCACGCAGCCCUCCUUCUCCGGUGCACAUUUGACGCCAUCCACGCGGCCGCUACCGCGUCAUCGGAAGACUUCUUUUUGUCGGACUCUCAGAUUCUUAGGAACGGCGUAUCCCUCUCGGCCCAGUCUUCCGACGAAACCGUCCGUCCCCCCCCGGGUGAGGAAGACGCUCCUCACGAGACGAGUUCCACCGACUCUUCUGCCGGCCAACAAACAGACUGUCUCGCAAGCAGAGUGACACGUGUGACCGAGAGGUUUCUCGAGGCGGGAGAACAGGUGGCGAGCGACUCGUCGCCGCGAGGCCGCGCUCCUGCGGGUUCACAGGCGCGCGGGCAGAGCUGGACAGUAGGGCAGGCGUCCCAGGCAGCUUUCUCUGGAGUGAGGGGGAAAUCCGUGGUUCUCUCGCCUCGAGCUGACGUGGAAGGUACCCUGUACAGCGAGGAUGACAAAACGACGGAGGGUGAACAAGUGACCCCGACACUUCUCCCUCUCUCGGGCACGUCUUCGGUGUGUUCCACGCGGCACACGACGACAUCGGCCACCUCUCUGGAUGCGCUUGGGGCAUGCGCUGCUGGCUCUGCGUCUGGUUCGGGCGGUCCUGCGUGCGCCUCAAGUCAGAAGCAGGAAGCUUCCCUGACAGAAAACCGGGACGAGACACUCAAAGUUGACUCGUUCGCAUCCCUCGCGGACCGUCUCCGAGGCGGACCAAGCACUGACGCCGCCCAGGACAGAUGCACUGCCUACACCCGAGCAGCGCGAAGUCUGGGUUUCGGAACUGACGAGCAGGAACUAGACCGGGAAUCGAUGGCGACUGCGCCUCGCAUCUCUGACCUGCCGGCAGUGGACAGUGCGCCAGUCGAAGCAACGGGAUGGGGAGACCAACAGACGGGAUCCCCUCGUUCGUCUGUAAGCGCACCGGUUCCUGCCUCCUGGGCCAGACAGAGAAGCGCCACGACGCUGCAGAAGACCGCCUCCAGCGCGGCCGUCGCAGCUCUUCUCCCGGAGGGUGAGGGCUCGCGGGUUCAGGGCCAAGGCUGUAGAGAGGCCGCAACGCUGGCUCGAGCCUCCGAGGCAGUUAGGCGAGCUUUCAAGACCGUUUCUCUGGAGGGACGUACGCCGCCAAAGUCGGACAGCGAGACAGCCGGAUUCCCCAGACACGCGGGUGCCCCGGAAGCUGGUCUUUCGGACGAAAAAAGUGCGGGAGAAACGCGUUUCGAAGGGCGUCAAAGCUUCAGAUUCAAGAAAGAGUGCAACGACUCUGGCGCUGAAAGGGAUCCCUCAGCUUUGGUUACCAUGCCGCUCGUGGGCGGCGGAAGCCGAGGCUCAGAGCUGUGGGGAGGAGAGGGACGAGGAGAGAGGAUGGAGUGGCGAAUCGACAACUUUAUCGAGACCCUUCGUGGAGCUCUCGAGAGCGGCACCGACGCACUCUGGUCGCCCUUUUUCUCGUUCAACGGAGUGCAGGAACUCCAGAUGCAGUUCCUGCCAAACGUCCUCUCUUGCCUGAGUCGCAGAGAAAAGCUGACCCACGAGGAGAAGCUCAGACGCGUACUGGAUGACCGCGCAUGCAUCUGUGGACUCUUUCUCUGGUCGUCUUCACCGCGGGUCUUCAAGUGCACGCUCUGCAUUGGGAGUGAGAAGCGGGAAGUUGUCGUCCGCCCUCCACAGUGCCCGAGUCAGACGCGGAGCUCGUCGACGGAGCCUUGCAACGCGGCGCUGUGGGAGCAUUUUGACCCCCGCGAGAAUACCCUGACUGUUGGAGUGACGGAUUUUGUGGUUCUGGGCUAG